CAAUCAAUGGAUCAAAACGACCCAAUCUACUCCUUAACCGACUCCGACCUCGACCUCAGCUUCACCUCCACCACCACCACCACCACCACCACCGCCACCACCCUCUCCGCCCGCUCCAGCUUCAACGAAUCCCGCCUCUCCCCCUCCCCCACCCCCACUCCCCACCCCCGCCCCCACCGCACCCACCACAACCCCAACUACACCGCCAUCGCCUCCACCCCCUCCCUCCACCUCCGCGACCUCAACCUCCUCCGCCUCCUCGGCUCGGGAAACCUCGCCCGCGUCUUCCACUGCCGCCUCCGCAGCCACGACCAAUCCAACUUCGCCCUCAAAGUCAUCGACCGCGAAACCCUAACCCCCAAAAAGCUCGCCGACGUCGAAACCGAGGCCCGAAUCCUCUCCUCCCUCGACCACCCCUUCCUCCCCACGCUCUACGCACGCGUCGAGGCCUCGCACUACACGUGCCUCCUCAUCGACUUCUGCCCCAACGGCGACCUCCACUCCCUCCUCCGCCGCCACCCCCGCCGCCGCCUCCCGCUCCGCUCCGUCCGAUUCUUCGCCGCCGAAGUCCUCCUCGCCGUCGAGUACCUCCACGCGCAGGGGAUCGUCUACCGCGACCUCAAGCCGGAGAACAUCCUCCUCCGCGACGACGGCCACGUCAUGCUCUCCGAUUUCGACCUCUCCUUCCAAUCCGACGUCUCCCCAGCCCUACACCGCCACCUUGAAAUCGCCUCCACCUCCAACUCCUGCUUCGGAAACACGCGGUCGGAAACUCACAUCGCGGAAUUCUCAGCCGAGCCGACCGCGGCGUUCUCGCGAUCGCGCGUCGGGACGCACGAGUACCUCGCGCCGGAGCUCGUCGCCGGCGAGGGGCACGGCAGCGGAGUCGACUGGUGGGCGUUCGGGAUCCUGAUCUACGAGCUUCUCUACGGAACGACGCCGUUUAAGGGCGGGAGCAAGGAGAGCACGCUUCGGAAGAUAGCGGAUUCGGAAGAGGUGAGGUUUCCGGCGGCGGAGGCGGCGGAGGAGGACGGCGGCGGGAUGGCGGCGGCGCGGGAUUUGAUUGAGAAGCUGCUGGUGAAGGAUCCGGCGCGGAGGCUAGGGUGCGCCAAGGGUGCGACGGAGAUAAAGCGCCACGUGUUUUUUAGCGGGAUAAAGUGGCCGUUGAUCAGGACGUACCGGCCGCCGGAGGUGGGGGGAGCGCUGCCGCGGCGGUGCAUUUGGAAGAGGCUAAGGGAUUUUGUGAGGGUUAAGGGGUCGUCGUCUAAGUAUAGGUUGAACUCUAAUCAUAAUUGUUACUCUUAUGUUAAUCACAAGAUGUGAGGUUUUUGGUUGAUUUGUGAAUAUUUGGUGUAAAUUAAGUUGUAGAUGUCAAUGAGCAAAAGUUCAAAUAGCAAGAGAUUUACGUCGUUCAGU